AUGGACAGAGGUAAAUUUACUAUUUGUAUGGUAUUCGUCUUCAGUCUGGUGAUUGGCGGAGACAGGAGUGUGGAGGCUCAAAAUUCACAAAAAAAUAAUGUAUCUGAAAUUUACGAAACAGUUUCGUCAAUCAAAUUGCCAUCUCAAGACAUUUGUGGACGGACCAAUGUUACUCACAAUAGAACGGUCGGAAGACUUGGUGCUGAAUUAGGGUCCGUCAGAACAAACGCAUGUUUUUCGAAAUAA